GUUUUCUCGACUAAAGGUAAAAUAAGCUGCUGCUAGAUCACUUGACAUUGUAGGAUUCGAUGAGGGCCGGUGGAAAGGAAAGUAGACAGGGUUCAGGCCUCUUCUUCGUCGGGUUAGGGUUCGACGCCACUAUGAUCGAAUCAUUGAUCCUCCGUCACAGCGCAGUUCAGAACGCGACAUCCAACACUUUCCAGCAAUCAUAUCACUCCGCUGGACAAUACAACAGUCAGCCAACUACCUCCAACCAAUAUCAGCAUCUGUCUCCUUCAUCUCACCUACAAUACGGGCCUUCAUCAUCACGGACUCAGUAGCAAUAUGGAGCGCCUCCAUCCGACGCAUACCCUACGACCACACCAUACUCACGAUCACAGUUUAGGUAUGAAUAUAUGAAUACCCACCCCAGUAGCCGCAGCAAUAUUAUGCUAGCCCAAAUGGUGAUUCGUAUCAUGAGUCACCUCCAGCUGCCUCGUCUGGACCCUCUCACAACCAUGGACGACCAUCCUAAUAUCCCUCCAGUCAGUCCACCGUUCAUCCUCCAUUAUGGAACACCCUACGACUCCCGCCAAUCCAUAACCUUACUCGUCAUCCGCACUAUCUUAUACCCAAUCAUCCGAGUUCAACCAUCUACAACCCUACUCAAACUCCAGCUUCGACUCACCCUCAGGCUCAAGGUACCCCCUCUCGAUACGCAAACUAAUCGUACACCAACUCCUCUAACGUAUGAGCCUAUCCACGGCACCAACAGUCCACAUAUGCCUCUACAUCCGCUGGAGGGUACAACCUCCGCCCUCCCAGCACCCAACCGCAGGCUCUCAUCACAAAUGGCCCGUGGCCUCCCCCGCAUCUACAUGGCACAAUCCUAA